AUGGCCUUUAUUGAACGGUUUUUAUCGGCAGAUAUUUGCCGGCGGAGACCGCCGGAAAAAGUAUUACCGGCGGCUUUCCCCACUAUUGCCGGCGGAAUUCUCAAGGACAAACGACUGGGCAGUACAUUGACGAAUGUCGUCAUUCCUGCCUACGACAUCAACAAAUUCAAGCCUGUUGUCUUCUCCACUUAUGCUGCCAAAAGUAGUACAAACUUGAAUGCUAAACUUGCAGAUGUUUGCAUUAGCACUUCAGCAGCGCCAGUUUACUUACCAGCUUAUAAGUUCUCCAACGGAUCUCUAAACUUCAACAUGAUUGAUGGAGGCGUUGCCGCAAAUAAUCCAACUCUACUUGCUAUUCAAGGAGCUUUAGAGAAAAAGGGAAAGAUCGAUACUCCACUUGUUAUAAUCUCCUUAGGAACCGGCACUGAGAGUACUGUUGGGAAAUACAACGUUGAAAUGGUUAAUAACUGGUGGGCUCCUAACUGGAUAAAUAAUCCGAGCCGGAAUGUUUUGGGUAGUCCAGAUCGUCCUAUCUUAGACAUCUUUGCUGAUGCAAGCUCAGAUAUGGUUGAGCACUACUGCUCAAUAUUUACUACUCAAUCCAAUUACCUCCGUGUUCAGGAUUCUUUGCCGAAAGAUCUUGUUUCCUUGGAUAAAGCUACCCCUGAAAACCUAAAUAAACUGGAGCAGUUUGCCAAGAACUUGCUCAAAAAGCCUGUUACAAAACUGAGUCAAUAUUCCUUCGACCGUGAAAUCGCCUCAGGAAAUUUGACCUACGAACAGGCACUCGAUAGGCUUGCACAUUACCUUGUUGAGCUAAAGAAAAGGCGAGGUGGCGAGGUGCCCAAAAGCGUGUAACAAAUGGUGGUUCUACGUAAUAUAUAUAUAAUAAAAAGCUUGACAAGGUCUGCUGUUUGUCGAGUGAUCAUAUAAAUAAAUACUUCCCCUGCUGAUCUAAAUGGAAGUACACCAUGCCGAUAAAGAUCACCACAUCACAUAUGUGUGGUUAAGUUCGUGCUGUUUCUAGCUAGUGAAAGUCAAGUUCUAUGUAUCGUGUGUAAUAAAGUACGAUCAUAUGUAUAUGUAUAUAUAUAUAUAUAUGUAUGAGUGUGCAUUGUCUUAUUUAUAAAAUAUUAAGUGUGAUUUUAAAUAA